AGUGCCCGCCUGCCGUGCUGCCGGCGGGGAGGUUCGGCGGCCUGCGGAGAGCCGCGCUGCCGUUUCUGUCACUUUCGCUCCCGCGUUCCCGCCUGCAGCCGGGCAUGGCCGGCGCGCCGCGGGGGGAGCUGCUCUCCUUCCGCGCCUUCCAGGCCGCCUGCCCCGCCGGGUGCCAGUACGGGUACGGCGGCGACCUGCGCCGCCUCCGGGAGCGCGAGUUCCCCCGGCUCAGAGGGAUUACUUACCUUGACCAUGCCGGUUCAGCACUUUUCCCAGAGAGUCUACUUAAAGCUUUUACUGAUGACCUCAGAAACAACAUUUAUGGCAACCCUCAUAGUCAGAAUAUCAGCAGCAAGUUGACAUAUGACACAAUCGAGCAUGUCCGAUACAGAAUAUUGCAACACUUUCACACUACUGCUGAAGAUUACACCAUCAUUUUCACAUCUGGAUGCACAGCUGCACUUAAACUGGUAGCAGAAGCAUUUCCUUGGAUACCUGAAGGCACAAAGCAACCCAGCAGUCGAUUUUGUUACCUAACUGACAGCCACACAUCUGUGGUGGGUAUGAGGGGGAUAACUGCCUCAAUGAAUGUCUUGUCUGUUCCAGUAAAAGCAAAGGAAAUCUUAACAGAAAAAAGCAGGUUACUGGCUGAAGAACAAAACUGUACGACACCUCAUCUUUUCUGUUAUCCAGCUCAGAGCAAUUUUUCUGGUACCAAAUAUCCCCUUUCAUGGAUACAGGAUAUCAAGUCUAGAAAACUGUACCCCAUCAAAGUACCAGGGAAGUGGUUUGUUCUACUGGAUGCAGCUUCAUAUGUGAGCAGUUCUCCAUUAGACUUGGGAGCGCACCAAGCUGACUUUAUCCCUAUCUCAUUCUAUAAAAUCUUUGGAUUCCCGACUGGUUUAGGAGCAUUAUUGGUAAAUAACCGGAUUGCCCCCCUCUUAAGGAAAACCUAUUUUGGAGGUGGAACUGCAGCUGCCUACCUCGCAGGAGAGGAUUUUUAUUUCCCAAGGAAAUCUAUAGCAGAAAGGUUUGAAGAUGGCACAGUCUCUUUUCUUGAUAUUAUUGCUCUGAAACAUGGAUUUGAUGUUCUGGAAAAACUCACAGGUGGAAUGGAGAAAAUAAAACAGCAUACCUUUGCAUUAACUCACUACACCUACAAUGUGCUGUCUACGUUAAGAUAUGCCAAUGGGGCUCCUGUAGUACAUAUUUACAGUGAUACAGAUUUCAGCAAUCCUGAUGUCCAGGGUCCAAUCAUUAAUUUUAACUUGCUCAAUGAAAAUGGAGAAGUGAUCGGAUUUUCAGAGGUGGACAAGAUGGCCAGUCUCUACAACAUACAUGUCCGCACAGGUUGCUUCUGUAACACAGGAGCCUGCCAGAUGCAUCUGGGUAUAAGCGAUGAAGACAUCCAAAGGAACCUGCAGGCUGGCCAUGUCUGUGGAGAUGAUAUAGACAUAGUUGAUGGACGUCCCACGGGUUCUGUGAGAAUAUCCUUUGGCUACAUGUCUUCUUUUGAAGAUGCACAGAGUUUUUUGAAAUUCAUCAUAGCCACCAGACUUUCAAAAUCAGACACUGAGAUUCCUUUCCAGUCCUCUGUUACAAAGCUGAAAACAGAGUCUGUCCCAGCUGAGCACCCUUCCAUUAACAAUGCAGGUAAAUUGUCGGCAGUACCACACACCUUGGUCAGAGAACUUGGGAAUAAUUUGUCUGUGACAAAGACGGCUGUCAGUGGGCACCCACCGGAGGCUGAGGCAGAAAGCAUAAGGGCAGCUGUUUCUGAGACUGCAGUACCAACAUGUAGAAGAGGUGGCAAGCCCAUCAGUGUCACCAGGAUUUACCUCUACCCAAUCAAGUCCUGCUCUGCAUUUGAGGUUACAGAAUGGCCAGUAGGAAACCAGGGUUUGCUGUAUGACCGAAACUGGAUGGUUGUAAACCAGAAUGGAGUCUGCAUGACUCAGAAGCAGGAGCCAAGGUUGUGUCUUGUAAAUCCCUCAAUUGAUCUGAAGCAAAAACAUAUGGUCAUUCAGGCAGAAGGAAUGGACCCAAUAUCUGUAUCACUGGAAGAAAAUACUGGAGAAGGGGCAGUGAUCAGUGAGAGUAAAGUCUGUUCACACAGGGUAAAAACAUAUGACUGUGGAGAAAGAAUUGCUGGCUGGUUCUCUGUGUUUCUUGGUCGUCCAUGUCGCUUGAUAAGACAAAGUUCAGACAUGAAAAGCAGGUCGCACCAGAAAAAUACAAAAGGUCUGGCAUCUGCUACAAACAUAUCUCUCUCUCUUGUGAAUGAAGCACAAUACCUCCUGAUAAAUGUAGCAAGCAUUCUACAGCUGAAAGAACAUAUUUCUGCAAGAUUGGAAGAGCCACUGGAAAUAGAGGAAUUAAUCCGACGUUUCCGUGCCAACAUUGUCAUCAGUGCACCAGAGUCCUUUGAAGAAGAAGAGUGGGCUGAAAUUUCAAUAGGUGCUCUGAGAUUCCAGGUUGUGGGUCCAUGUAGCAGAUGUCAAAUAAUCUGCAUUGAUCAACAGUCUGGGGAACGAAACAAAGAAUUUCUGCAGUCUCUUUCUGCUGCCAGAGGUAGAAAGACAAACUUUGGCAUAUACCUGAUGAACCAGCCCUUGUGCUCAUCCUUUCCAGAUAUUUUAUCAGUUGGAUCUCAAGUACUUCCAGUGCUGAAGGAGAAUACAGAAAUUCAGCCCCCGACAUCCAGUGAAGAAAAAUGUUCAGGAUAGAUUCAGUGGUGGAGAUGAGAUUUGUAUGCAACUCCCGGGAAAAGUCAGUAGUCAUUUAUUCAAAAAAGAGUGAAAGCUUCCACUCAUUUGCUUCUGGUUUAAGUCUUAAUUUUCUGUUUGCUGUAAACGUUAUCAGAUGGCAGAACUCUUGGUAAUUACAGCUCACCUACAUGUUUUUGCUUGUGAUUAACUUACAGCAGCCAUAACUAUUUUGCUCAAUUGCUUCAGGAUGCAACAGGUUCAAUCAAGUUUUACUGGUGGAUGACUCCCAAAACAAGCCCGACAUUGUUGUCAGAAACCCACAUCUCAAUGAAGGAAAGUAAACACAACAAUAUACUACUUCCUUAUGUUGCUUUGUUAAAACCACAAUUAGGAGAGAGGAUGCAGGACAUGUUUUAGAAACAGUUUGGGUGGGAAGGGAACAGUGAGAGAGUGCCGUGAGAGUAGCAAUCCAUUCAGCUUUUUAAAAAUGAAACUGAAUGUGAUGUGUAGACAGUGUGAAAGCACUGGAGAAGAUGGAACUGUUAUUGGGAAAUCUGUGUCUCCUUCUUCGGAAGUGGUGUGUGAGAAUGACAAAAAGGCACAAAGAUCAAUGAAGAUUCAGUAUGCUGUUUGCAAAACACAUUCCCCAUGACGCAAUUCCAUCCAUUUGUUCUUGACGUCUUUCUCUCAUUCCCAUUUGCUACUUUUCUGUUUGCUUUAUUUUAUGUGAUGAUUUCUCACACAGUUGUUUCCUUAUGUAUUUGUGGAUGUUGACACCUUUUUUUCUAAGUAGAGAUUUUUCAGAUAAUACAGUCAUGUUUUCUAUCCAAACUUUGUUUACCCUCAGUGGUCUCUAAUGGCCACUUAAGGGAAGCCUUGAAAGUCUGGAUGCUUCUCCAUCCCAAAGAGGUCAAGGUAUUCUUUUUUCAUUCUCUGUGCAUUUGAUAAUGUUCUUCUUAGAAGGCUUUUGUGUUCUUUACGCUCCUAAAUAUGACUCAUGUUAUCUGAUUUCUGAGAGAAAAUGUGUGAAACCUAGGACCUUGUCUGAAAUAUGUUAUUGCGAAAAUUAAAAAAAUAAAUAAAGCAAGGCACGCAGCAAAAAAAAAAAAAAAACAACACAUGGGAAGUCAAUGUAAUAGACUGAACACAUUGCGGCCAGGUGUUUUAUGAACCCCAGCAUGUAUCCAGCCAGCCAUAGGGCAAUUUUAUGAUUCCAGGAAGUCCUUCUGGAAAAGGAAAUUCUCCUAGACUGGCUGCUGUAAUGGCAUUUGGGAAGUGAAAUUUUGACCCUCUUAAAAGCACCCUCAGAACUCUCAUCCAACAUGAUUUAGGUCUUCCUUGGGGCAAUUUUGGCUCAAACUGUGUGAAAGUGCUUCUGGCUGAAGUAAUCCUUGAGUUGUUUGAGUAUAUCCCUGGAGGGGAGUAGGUGGUUUUGUGAAAGAAUUUGUCAAACAGUCAUUCUGAAAGGGAAGCGACUACCACAGAAUGGCAUACAACUGGAAAAGAAAAGGGAAGCAUAUUGCCCAGUGUGUGAAUCAGAACUCAAAAAUGGUCUUUUUCCUUUCUCUUUUUUUUUUUUCCUUCUUUUUCUUCUUUCUUUUUUUUUCUUUUUCUUUUGAAGAACUGGUUUUACUCACUUCAGCUGGAACAGACUCUUAUUAGUCUCUCAGCAAAGCUUUGUAAUGGAAAUGAGAAGAUACAUUAUCUAUUUCUUACAACCUGCCAUAAAAUACAUGGAAAGAGAGGCCUUUCAUAUGUAUGUAAACUGAGGAUGAGUUUUGAGAGUUGUACCUUCCACUUCAGAGCCCGAGCACUGCUCCUUCAUGUCUGCUUUGAAAAGCGGGGGCUUUAUCUGUUUAAAAGUUAAUUAUCUGAUGUUGUAAUGAGCAGGCUUUUUCAAACCUUGAAAAGCAGCUUCAUGGUAUCUAAAUCUCUUAACUGUUUCACUCUCUGCCUUUCUGUUAUACAGAACAUUGUUUUGUGGAUAGAAAGCCAGCAAAGCUCUGGCAAAAGACCUGCUGUAUGCUGACCUUCAGGUGAUCUCUGGUGCUUUGCUCUGUCCUCUUCACCUCACCAAUAUGUCAUUUGUUUCAAAUGGCACAGAAGUUAGAAAAGGAAAUUGAAAGCAAACCUCAGCAAGCUCUGUUUCACUUGUUAUUGGAUUAACUACAAAAUAAGUCACUUUGGUACACAGUGGCUUGACAAAUACCAUUUGUGAAUUGCUUUAAUGCAACAUAUGAUAACUAAGGAUGAGAGGAUUUGAACUUUAAAAAUGUCAUGCUUAGUCAUUUUGACCUAUUAUUUACAGGCAAUUAUACUCUCUCUCUGCUGUGUCUUAGUAAUAUUAGAUCAAGAAUAAUUUUGUCAUUUUACAGGAGGAAAAAAAUAUUUUCUCUGAUGUACGAACAUGCUCAUUAGUAUAUUCCGUGCAUUUCCCAGAAGGAACAUCCUUGAGCUACAGUGAUAGGAAAUGUCACAAUGCUCUAGGCUGAUGGAAGAGACACAAGGAAUCUUUCACCUCAACAAAGAACAGUGUUUCCCUUCUAGUAAAUGGAGUGUUCUUGCCAAGGCAAAUUCUUCUCAGUGCCAAUACUCUGUGGAAAAUCUUGAAGUAAGAAGAGUCACUUUUUAAUGAUGUGUGCUGUACGUUUGUAGAAAGAACAUCCCUUCCAUAAUGUGAAAAAAAUUCAAAGAAACUUGGCAUAGUGCAAACCUAGGUACUGCAGGAACAAGGAGGAAACAAACACUUUGAAACACUGUAUAUAUUACAUAGAAAGAUUAUAUGUUCUAUAAGGGGUGACUUUUCAAUCUUCAGAAUAUAUAGAAAAAAGCCUGUUUCAUAUGAAUGCAGGCUCUUUUGUCUAAGCACUCCCAUUGCUGCAAAAUUAAAUCUUUGGACUAAUUGCAGGUGUAUGUUUUCCUUAUAUGGAUAAGGAAUGUACUUAAUAACAGCAUUUUCCAUGUAGAAAGUCCUCUAUAUAUUUGAAAACUAAGUUGAUAUUUCCUUACAAUGAAUUAUUCAGAUACAUUCCAUUUUCUGUGAGACUUAACUCCUUCCCAAUUCUCAGGGCAAAAAAAUGGUGAUCAUUAUAAGCUCUAAUAAUAGCCAGGAAACCACAGGACAGAAAUCAGCAUUUUUAAGAGAAGCCUCUGAACUCUGUGUUCUCUGAUAUGACUAAGAUAUCUCAGAUACACUUCAUGAUUUAUAUCCUUUGUUAUGGCAUCCUUCAAAAUAUGUUCAAAAUUUUAGGUCACCCUUCUGUUAAAAUCGUACAUAAAGCAGAAGGAAGGACACCGUAGAAAUGUGAUUAUUGUUCAUAAAUCAUAGAGAUUAUGCUAUGCGUUUCUUCUUCAGUCGUUUUUUUUUUAACUUUCUUGGAAAUGAAACCAAUAAAAUAUAUAUUGUGCUUGA